AUGAUAGACAAGGAAAAGGAUGAGGAGGCUGGGUCUGAAAACUUGCGUUACUCAUUAGCAGCUCUAGCCAGAGAUGACAAAAGGUGUGGCCGUGGGCCCGCCCCCCGAUGCUGCGGGGGUGGGGGGGGGUGGGGGGGGCUGCCGGGUGGGUCUGCAGUGGGCGGGGCUCAGGCUCUGGCGCCUGGGCAACACAAGCAGAUCACUUCCACGGAGGAGCAGCUGGACUACUACCGGGACUGCACCUUCUUCAGUGAGCAGGACAUCCUCACGCUCCACGCGCAAGCACGCUUCUACCAGCUGGCCCCCACCGUUCCAGUGGACUGUCGGAAAAGCCCCGUCGUCCAUGUGCCGAUGAGCCUCGUCAUCGUGAUGCCGGAGCUCCGGGACGACCCAUUCAAGGAAAGGAUCGUAGAGGCUUUUACUGAGGAUGGCAGGGGGAACCGCACCUUCGGCAACUUUGUGGGUAUGUCCUCUGUGCUCUGCGAGUUGGCUCUCCGGGAGCUCAAGGCAAACUAUUCCUUCAACACCUACAACUUCGUCUGCAAGGAGGAUCUGAAGCGGAAGCUGGCCGGGCUCACCCAGUCGGAGUUGGACGAGGAGGUGAUGCUCAUGUGCGACAAGAUCAUCGAGGAGGCCGACCUGGACAAGGAUGGUAAACUGGACUUUGUGGACCUUGAGGACGUGAUUGCCAAGGCCCGCGACUUCCUCAGCACCUUCCACAUCCGGAUCUGAGGACGCUGCUGAGGGUGUGGUGGCCCAGAAGCUGACCAUCUGGCUCUGCUGCUGUCUACACAAGUGUGACCUCCAAGCUGCCCAGAGAAGGGGCUGUGGCCUCUGGGGUUAUUCCCACCAACAUUUCCUUGGGCCCUUUCAGCAAAAAUCCUUACCCAGGAAAGGGGGGUGUGAGGAGCAGGGACCUUCCCAGACCCCAGGGCCUCCAAAGGCCUCCUAUCUGUCCCCACCCACUCCAGCUCCCCAGACCCUGGUCCUCUCCCUGUCACAAACGGCCCCACUGGGAGGGGAAGGCGGAGACCUCAUGGGGCAGGGGAUGCCCACGUGUCCAAGGGCUGGACAGGCAUCCCAGUCGCGCAGGGAAAAGUGAAAAAUGAAAGAGGACAAUGUUUUAUGAGCUAUGCGGUCUUUCUCUCAAACCCACAGCUGGGCCGCACACCAGUCCGCCAGGUCUCCGUCUCCCCCAACCCUCCCAUCGUGAAGCUGUGAGGAGAGUAGGCCGAGGGCUCUGUCCCUGUCCCUAGCUCUGAGUCCUGGGCACCCCUUCUCCUCCACCCUCCCCAAGACCUGGAAUUCUCACUGGUGUGUGCUGACCACACAUUUGUGAACUUCUGGUAAUAAAGCACUUUCAUGUCCCCAUAAAACAAAACGGAACAAAAACCACAGGCACUGUGCUGCACUGUAGAUCUGUAGGACUGUUUCAUCUUGUGCACCUGAGACUUUGUGUCCUUUCACGAAUACCUCUGCAUUUAUCCUUCCCUUGAGCGGCUGCCAACCACCACUCUACUUUCUGCUUCUAUGAGUUUGACUAGAUUCCUUGCGUAGGGGAGAUCAUGUAUUAUUUUUCCUUCUGUGUCUGCCUAAUUCACUUAUCAUAUCCUCCAGGUUCAUCCAUAUUCCGGCGGAUGGCAAGAUUUUCUUCUUUUUAAAGGCUAAAUAAUAUUCCAUUGUUUGUAUAUAGCACAUUUUCUUUAUCCGUUCACCCAUCAGCAGACAUUUAGGUUGCUUCUGUAUCAUGGCUAUUGUGAACAAUACUUCAGCGAGCAUGGGAGUGCAGGUAGCGUUUUGAGAUAGGAACCUUAUUUCCUUUAAUAUAUACCAGAAGUGGGAUUGGUAGAUCAUAUGGUAGUUCUAUUUUUAAUUUUUUGAGGAAUUAUUCCAUAGCUACUAUUC